UCACCAUACCCAAGGUGGUCAGGUCAAUCUCAAAUGACCUCCACAAUUUGUGUAAUUCUACCCGCAAUUCAGUCUUGGGUCUGGUGAGAGACUCCGUCUGUUCCUCCACUUGCCGCCGUUAUCCUCUACAACUGCCCGCCUACUUCCCAAGUUAAUUUGGUCUCAUUGAUCCGGAGCGGAGCACAAGGAAGGGCUCUCGCCUGUUGUCGUCAACAACCCGCCCGCCCAUUGCUCACCUCACCCACGAAGCUUCAGAGCGCCGAUUGAUUAACCAGACAUUUAAAAAGAUCCUAACGGACAGACGAGAAUUGCCUUGACGGUGCAUUUGCCGUGCACUUCGCUGCGUUUGCGCCUCGUCGACCGUGGGGAUCUGUCGCAUUGACCCUACCCUGACUGAAUCCCGCUUUCGACCGCCAUUUGCACCUCGUGAGCAUCGCUCCCUCCUUUGAAACCAUGGGCGACCCCCGGAAGCUUGAUCCUCCUGCUACUCGCAGCGCAGCAAGAAAUGGGAAGUCGCCGGAACGUGCUGUCAAUGCCUUGUCAAUCGCAUCGCCUCCUGGCUCAAGAACACCCCCUAGUAUGCCAUCAAAGAAGACCCUCUUCUACCCUGAACCGCAAGGGAGACAACAAAAGAGUCAAAGUACCUCAGAACCCAUCGAUCCCGAUGCGCUGGCGAAGGCCUUGAAGGACUAUGAGGACGCUGGGCGUCCGCGCGAGAGUACACCUGGGACCAGCCCUAGUCGGAAGAGGCAACGAGUGUAUGGCGACAGAUUUAUUCCCAAUCGCGAGGGGCAAGACCUUCAAGCAACCUACAGCCUCCUUCAUGAAGAUGGCUGUCCGUCCACUCCGUCCAAAUCGAAAAAACGUGCCCCUCAUUCGGAGCUUCACUUUCAGAAGACGGAAGAAGCAAACAGAAUGUACUCACGGGUGCUGCGGAGUGAGCUAUUCGGAAAUACUGUGCCCCAAGCAGAUCUGGAUUCAUUAUUACCCGAUCCACUGUUGGGGUUUACGAAUGGAAUCAAUGAUAAGACUCGCGCCCAUACACCCCCGUCACAUGUCGUCUCGAACCUCCCCCCAGCCAGUAUCACGCCGUCUACUCCACAUAAAAACCUCUUCAACUACGCCUCCUCACGCGCCGGAUCCGGUCAUCCGACGCCAACCAAGACACCUCGAAGUCAACAUGGUCCUAAUUUGAACGUCCGAUCAGAGCUCUACAGCCUUUCGCCAAUUCGAUACGACAGCCAACGUAUACUAGAAACUCCUCGCAAACAGCCUCGCUAUGUUAAUAAGGUACCUUACAAAGUACUUGACGCACCCGAUUUGCAAGAUGACUUCUAUCUGAAUCUCGUCGAUUGGGGAAGCAGCAAUGUCCUUGGUGUUGGUCUGGGAAAUUCGGUCUACAUGUGGAACUCACAGAGCGGAAGGGUGACGAAAUUGUGCGAGCUGAAAGAUGAUACUGUCACGAGUGUGAGCUGGAUUCAAAGGGGCACCCACCUCUCCAUUGGGACAGGCAAAGGACUCGUACAAAUAUGGGAUGCAGAAAAAUGUCGCCGUCUGAGAACAAUGAUCGGGCAUACGAACAGAGUUGGAGCUCUAGCCUGGAACGACCAUAUUCUGACCUCCGGAUCACGAGACCGCCUGAUCUUUCACCGAGACGUUCGUUCACCCGACCAAUUCUUGCGUCGCUUGUCUGGCCACAAGCAAGAAGUUUGCGGUCUCCGAUGGAACACGGAAGAUGGCCAAUUAGCCUCUGGCGGCAAUGACAACAAGUUGCUGGUCUGGGACAAGUUGAACGACACCCCUCUUUAUCGCUUCUCCGAUCAUACGGCCGCCGUGAAGGCAAUUGCAUGGUCGCCUCACCAGCACCAUCUCCUAGCAUCUGGCGGUGGAACGGCGGACCGAACAAUCAAGUUCUGGAACACGUCAACAGGUUCCUUAAUAAAGGAGGUCGAUACAGGUAGCCAAGUCUGUAACCUGGCGUGGUCGAAGAAUUCAGAUGAGAUCAUCAGCACGCAUGGGUAUAGUCAAAACCAGAUUGUGAUCUGGAAAUACCCUCGUAUGGAGCAGAUUGUAUCUCUGACCGGACAUACUUUCCGUGUACUCUAUCUGGCUAUGAGCCCAGAUGGUCAAACCGUUGUGACUGGUGCUGGCGACGAGACUCUCCGAUUCUGGAAAAUAUUCAACAGAAGACCUGGCAGAGAGCACGGUCGUGAAGGCAGUAAGCUGGCUGAAUGGGGCACUAUUCGGUGACGGCCUCCCGAACCGUUCGUCUUAACACCUUUGUGCUAUGUCAUGCUUGACUAUUUAUUAGCAGUUUCCGAAAUGCAUUAGAUCUGGCGUUCCAGGGCAUUGGCGUUCAUUUGAUGCUGGGCAUGUCCUUGGACGGUCUG